CCGCUCCCGGACGCUGCGCAUCACCGAGUCAGGCCGCGGGCCGGCCUCACGGGCCGGGGCACCCCGGCAGAGAGCCUCGCACGGCCCCGUGCCCGCCGCCAGCCUUCCCUGGGCUGCUCGUCCCACGACCGCAGGCAGGGAGCCGACGGUGGAGCGCAGCAUGGCAAAGAAAGUGGCCAUCAUCGGCGGGGGCAGCAGCGGGCUGUGCGCCAUCAAAGCCUGCCUGCAGGAGGGGCUGCAGCCCGUCUGCUUCGAGAGGACCGGCGACAUCGGAGGCCUCUGGAGGUUUGAGGAGCACCCCGAGGACGGCCGUGCCAGCAUCUACCGCUCCGUCAUCAUCAACACCUCCAAGGAGAUGAUGUGCUUCAGCGACUUCCCCAUCCCCGAGGACUUCCCCAACUACAUGCACAACUCCAAGAUCAUGGAGUACUUCCGCAUGUACGCCCAGCACUUCGACCUGCUCCGCCACAUUCGCUUCAGGACCAGCGUGUGCCGCGUGUCCAAGUGCCCCGACUUCGCCAGCAGCGGGCAGUGGGAGGUGGUGACGGAGAGCGAGGGGAAGCAGGAGGCGGCCGUCUUCGACGCCGUGCUGGUGUGCAGCGGGCACCACACCAACGCUCAUCUCCCCCUCAGCUCCUUCCCAGGAAUUGAGAAGUUCAAGGGCCACUAUCUCCACAGCCGAGACUACAAGGAUGCUCAGGCUUUCACAGACAAAAGGGUUGUUGUCAUCGGGAUUGGGAAUUCAGGGUCAGACCUGGCUGUGGAGAUCAGCCAAACAGCCCAGCAGGUGUUCCUCAGCACUCGCCGUGGUGCCUGGAUCUUCAACCGCGUUGGAGAUCAGGGCUACCCCAUCGACACCAUCUUAACCACCCGCGUGAAGACGUUCCUGCAGGGGCUGCUCAGCUCAUCCAUCACAUGUGACUACAUGGAGAAGAAGCUGAAUGCCAGGUUUGAUCACUCACGUUACAGCCUCAAGCCGAAGCACAGGGUCUUUCAACAGCACCCCACUGUCAACGAUGAUCUGCCCAACCGCAUCAUUUCGGGCAGGGUGCGGGUGAAGCCAAACAUCCAGGAGUUCACAGAGACAUCUGCCAUCUUUGAGGAUGGCACCAGGGAAGAUGUCGAUGCCAUAGUUUUUGCCACAGGAUACAGCUUCUCCUUCCCAUUCCUCGAGGGCUGCGUGAAGGUGGUGGAGAACGAGAUUCCCCUCUACAAAUUCAUGUUCCCCCCUGAUCUGGAGAAGCCAACACUGGCUUUCAUCGGCCUCAUCCAGCCCCUAGGAGCCAUCAUGCCCAUCUCAGAGCUCCAGAGUCGCUGGGCCACCCGUGUCUUCAAAGGGCUGAACGAGCUGCCCCUGCAGCAUGACAUGGAGGCUGACAUUGAGCAGAAGAAAGAAGCGAUGGCAAAGCGGUACGUGAAGAGCCAGCGGCACACCAUCCAGGUGGAUUACAUCCCUUACAUGGACGAGCUCGCCCACCAGCUGGGGGUGAAGCCCAACCUGCUCUCCCUGUUCCUCACGGACCCCAGGCUGGCCAUGGAGGUGGCCUUCGGUCCGUGCACGCCGUACCAGUACCGGCUGCGGGGCCCGGGCGCUUGGGCAGGUGCCAGGGAAGCCAUCCUCACCCAGCAGCAGCGCAUCCUCAAGCCCCUGCAGACACGACCCGUGGAAGAGAGCACCUCAGCCCCUGCCAUGCCCCUCAUCUUCAAGCUGAUCGGGGCCGUGGCCAUCCUGGCAGCCAUUUUUGCUUACUUGUAGGUGCCCUGCAAGCGCAGGAAGGGAGGCUUUUGUCCUGGGGUGACUCCCUAAACCAGGACAGCUUUGCACUGUGCUGAGGACUGGCUGGCCACCCCUGUCCCUUGGCAGCCUCUGGUGGCAGAAACCUUCCUGCUGCCUGGCAUGGCCCAGCUGUGACCACACCAUGAACUAGGGAUGCACAGAGCCUCCCCAGCUGCCAAAACAAUGCUUGGGCUCCUGCUCUGCACCUCCCCUUGGGGAAUGCUGUCAUGGACAGAGGAGGAAACCUGCUCACUGCAGGCUAAAUUCCAGUCCCUCUCAGCCAGCGCUCUGGGCUUUUCUGUCCCCUGUACCCCAGCCAUGCCAAUUUUGCCACACACACACCAGAGCUAAGCAGCAAAGGCACAGCACACUUUCUAAGUGGAUAAAUGCAAUAAACAGCCAAGUGUCCGUCCUGCUACUGCCACCAUCACGAUCCUCCGUGUACUGUGGGAAUGCUCAUGGGUUUGAGAUCAGGCUUGUAGCGCUGGCCUGU